AUAGCCUCCCAAAACCUCCUAAACCCUCAUCUCUGAAUCUCUCGGCUCUGCAGCUUAUCAGCUUCUUAGGGGGAGAAAGUGGGAACGAGAAAGAGAGAGCUUUUGAUAUCAAUGGCGACUCACCUUCCUGACCAUUUCAAGUGUCCGAUUUCCCUAGAGAUAAUGUCAGACCCAGUUAUCCUUUCCUCGGGUCACACCUUUGACCGUGCUUCCAUCCAACGGUGGCUCGACGCCGGUCACCGGGUUUGUCCAAUUAGCAAAUUACCCCUCCCUGAUCACCCUUCCCUCAUCCCCAACCAUGCUCUCAGAAGCUUGAUUUCCAACUAUGCUCUCAUUUCGCCUCUAGAGCAGCAGCUGCCUCCUCAACCUGAAACCCUAAUCUCCUUGCUUACUUCUCGGUCUUCUCCUUUGGAAUCUAAAAUUGAAUUACUAGACCAACUCACCCGGCUUUCCAAGCGUGACUCGGUGUUUCGCCGGCGGUUGACUGAGUCAGGGAUCGUGUCGGCAGUGCUGAACUGCGUUGACUCCCGUGAUUCUCGUCUUCAGGAGAAAGCCCUCUCCAUGCUAUUGAAUCUAAGUCUUGACGAUCAUAACAAAGUGGGCUUGGUGGCGGAAGGUGUGAUAGUUCGAGUUGUGGCUGUUCUACUGGGUGGCUCACCGAAUUGCCGAGCGAUUGCGGCAACUAUGCUGACCAGCUUGGCGGUCGUUGCAGUAAAUAAAGCCACGAUUGGUGCAUACCCAUGUGCUAUUGAAGCUCUGGUUUCGCUUCUUCGGAAUGGUAAAGGGAGGGAGAUGAAGGAAGCUGCCACGGCGCUUUAUGCAAUCUGUUCUUUUACUGAUAAUCGAAGGAGAGCUGUAGAAUGUGGGGCGGUUCCUAUUUUGCUUGGAGCUGCUGAUUCUGGGCUUGAGAGGGCUGUUGAAGUUCUAGGUAUUCUGGCUAAGUGUAAGGAAGGUAGGGAAGAGAUGGAAAGCUAUCAUGGAUGCAUUCAGAUUCUGGCUCGGGUUUUGAGGAAUGGAAGCUCGAGGGGAGUUCAAUAUGCACUGCUGGCAUUGAACUCACUUUGUCGUACUAGUGAGAGAAUGAGAUUAGAGGCCGUAAAAGAAGGAAUUUUGGAGAUCGGUCUUGCAUUGCUGGAUGAUGAUAGCGAGAAAGUAAGGAGAAACUCGUCCAAUCUGAUUCAGGUUCUGCGUGGCAACCAGUGGACAGGUUGAUAUGGAAAUCAAAUCAAAAUAUCUUUAGAAGAUGGAAAGAAUCAGUUUUGAAAAGAAGAUUUCUUGUCCCCUGUGGAGGUGAGUUGGGUUCCUCUUUAUUGACUCUACCCUGUUGGGUAGUCCCUGUACAAAAAGAAGAUAAAAUUUUUUGUGGUGAUAGGGUUCUUUUGUAUCUUGUACAUUUAAAUAAAGAUGAUGGAGCAGAUCUUUGUUGUUGUCUUUUAGAAUGAAAAAGUUGCCACUCAAUCCUCUGAAUUGUAAUCUCUCAAAGUUACAGAAUUUUUCUUUCAAUCAAAGCUGGUAUGCUGGGUUGAUAUCU